AGUGACUGAAAUGAAUAAUGUUUUGGUAACAGGUUUAGAAGAUAACUCCUUGCCUCUAACUCAUAGUUGGUACAAAAAGGAGGACCUGUAGCUCUUGUUUAAACCCACAGUGGAGGCAACCAUGAGAGACAUUACUAUGAUACCCUGCUGGAAGAAUCUGUGUGUUUUGCUGGUGGCACUAAUGGGUGCACCAAUUUUGGAGGCCUGGGGGCAGAUUUCCUGGACUGGCGAGGUGACAGCUGGUUUCAGUACCACUUUCACCUGUUCCUCUUCUUGCUUCCUAAACUGCAUCUACACUUGGUCUUUCAACGGCCGCACAGCCAUCGGGAGCACAUUAACCUGGACACCAGAUGGACUGGACAAAACAGUGGAAUUACAGUGCAGUGUACUCCAUCUAGAAACAGGAGACUCCAGCAGCAUGACCUCCACUGUAGAAAUUAAGAAUCGAGUGUCUGUGCAAAUCAGUCCAUCAAACGCUGUCCCAACUCUCAAACAACCUCUGGAUCUUGUCUGCCAUGAAGCUACAUCAGGUGUCCUCUCAGGCCCAUCACACCUGGUGAACCAGGUGGUCUGGUACAAAGAUGGACAGAAAGUGACCCUGCGUGAAAAUAUGCAGCUACUGCAAAACACUUCACUUCACUUUGACUCACUGCUGCCCUCUGAUGCUGGAUUCUAUCAGUGUGAGACUUCUGUGUCGACGGUACAACAGACAAGUGUUUUUAGCCUGGGCUAUCUGCUCAGCUUUGAUCCAUGGAAUGUCAUCGUCAGCGGACCUGACACUGUGUUUCCCGGCAGAUUGAGUAAAUUCACCUGCUUGACGAGCUGUACCUUAAAUGUGGACUGUACUGUCAAAUGGCAGUUCAGGGGGGGUUUCCACAUUGGAACCUACUUUUCAGUCCAUGAAAAUGAGCUCAAGUGGACCCCUUCCAUUCCCGGUACUUUCCAAAACUUAACCUGCGUUGCAGAAAAUGAAGCUGUUGGACGCUCUGCUGAGGCCACCAAGAUGGUAGAGGUUAAAGGUAUUCUUCUCUCUGGAUCAGAGGCAGUGCAGCACAGUGGACUGUUUGCAGUGAUCCUCAGCCUGGGACUGCUGGUGCUUUUUGACUCAUAGAGCUGUUUUUUACUGCUUUAAUGAGUGUAUUUGCCCUUUUUCUUUGGACAUGUAUUUCUUUGCCUUUUAUCUUGUUUACAAAAACACAUGUGAAAGGAAACCUUUUCAUGUUAAAAUACACUGUUCACCAAUUUGAAUAUGUGACCAUGUGUUGAUCACCAAAAUCUGCAAAGCAAAAGGAGAUGUUGAACAAACUCUGGUUACUUCAUCUUCAUUUAUUCAUCAAUGACUGUGUAAAAAUCUUGCACAUAUGAGUGAUACAAUAUCCUUUUUAUGACGCCAGGGCAAUUGACACACAAAAACUUCAAAUACUAUUUAUGGUGUCAUCACCAGCUGUCAUUACAUCCUGUUGAAAAAGUAAAAUUCUGUAUUUGUAAAGUAUAAUCCAAUGUAUAAUUAAUGUCCCUGAUGGUUACAUGUUAAUUAUGAACUGUUUGUAAUGAUGACAAUUCUUGGUGUUUACUCCUCCUCCACAAAAAUGGAUUUAGUAUCAUGAUACUUGAAGUUGACCUCUGAACUGGAUGUGUUACUGAUUCACUCGCAUGCUGAAAAGAGGUUCUUGUGAAGUCAACUUCUAUUUAGAAAAUCACUGACUUAAUUAUACUGGUGUGUUUUUAUAACACCUGCAGUUAGUGACACACCAAUGUCUCGUUUACCCUUCUGAAACUGAACAAAUAAGACAGCUAAGAGAAUGACACAGAGCAAACAGAUGAGGGAGACAGAGGCCUCUGGUGUGUUUUGCCUUUACAGUUGCCUUGUGUAACGCAACAAUAUUAUCCGUCCUCUUUGUUCUUUUGUCUCUUUUUCUGGAUGUUAUCUCACCUGUUUCAUAUGAUUUUAGCCAUGGGGUUUAGUUGGAAUGGGGAAGCAAAACUAGAAAAAAUUUAAAGCUAUACUGUAAAACAACAACAAACAGGUUUGCCAUUCUACACCCAAGCAGCUGCUGUCUGUCCAUGACACGUCAUUGAUUCUGACACUGUGUUCGCAGUCAAAGUAAAUGUCUGUAUUGUAUUUAUGUUUUCUAUUUUUUAUGACAUAACUAAUGAGGUAAAUAAGGUUGAAACAAGGUUGAAACAGUUUUAAAAAUGGAAUUUGACUGAAAAAGACACACAGUAGUAAUAGUAGUAGUACACAGUAGUGUAGAAACGUGUAGGCUGCAAAUCAAUCAGUGUGCUCCAGUCUCUGUUUUUUCCCUUGAGGUAAAUAAGGUAUUAUGAAAAUAUGUUUCCAUUAUCUACAACUCUGCUACAAGCACUCCCAGCAGCACUCUUGAUAAUCAGUGGACCAUCAAGAGGGGGUUUGAUGGCCCCUUCUGAUGAAGACAAAUGAUCAGUGCUGAGUUGAGGCUCAUAAUACAUUUUACAUUGUACAUCUGUAUACUUUGAUCUAGGAGUCAUAGAUUAUUUUUGGAAUGAAAAACAAGCCAUUUAACCUAAUAACCUAUUGUACUAUGUUUUUGUUUUCUUUGCUUUUAUUGUCUUGUCCUUCUUUGCUUUGCUUUACUUUGCUUGUCUUUUUUAGCUUUGGUCAUGGAGUGCUGUUUGCUUUCCAAAGUGAGGUGCUGUGCUCUCAGAAACAAAAUGAACAAAAUUAAUGUCUUUAUUGAGCUAUUAAUUUUUCUGCACUGUAUGUGUUUUAAUGUAUCUCCCUCAGAAGAUAUAUUUCCUAUAGUUUGGAUUAGUUGAUACAAUACAACAGUACAAUGAUGUUACAAUGACAUAAUAAAGUCCAAAGACUUA